UAAUUCAUGGCUUUAUUUGCCAAAACCCCCUUUUUUUUAAAUAAUGUUUCAAAAUAUUGUGGUGAUAAAAACUGUAUUCUCAUCUCCUUAAUUUUUUCAAUUCAGCCAAUAUGAUACGUGUAUAGUGUAUGUGUGUUGAACUUGAAAACGAAAGCCUGCGGGUCCCUUAUGAACCAUGUUGCUGCGUUGCCGCCGCAGUCGCGCCAUCUCUUCGCCGGACUCCGCGCCUUCAUCGACCAGAAAAACAUCUCCAACGGAAAAUGCAUCCACGCCCAUCUCCUCAAAACUGGGAUCCUCCCUGCAUGCGCACCCUUCUCCAUCAGCCUCCUCAUCUUGUAUGCCAAAUGCAGCCUCUUCUCCGACGCCCGCCGCCUGUUCGACCAAAUGCCGCUCAAGCAUGAUGCAGUUCCGUGGAACAUCCUUAUUAAUGGCUACUCCCAAUCGGGCCAUGCCCGCUACUCAUUUUCUGCUCUCCAACUGUUCAAAGAAAUGCUCCAUAGCAGUACCCUUCCCGAGUCGCAUACUUUCGCCGGUGUUUUCUCCGCCUCCGCUGUCUUGGAGGACGCGGUUAUGGCCCAACAGGCGCACUCUUUCGUGGUGAAGCUCUGUGAUUAUUGUGAUGUCUUCGUGUAUAGUUCUAUGCUGAACGUUUACUGCAAGUUGGGGUUUCUAAGCGAUGGUCGCAAAGUGUUCGAUGAAAUGUCUGAGCGGAAUUCGAUCACCUGGUCUACUUUAAUUUCAGGCUACGCGUCGCAGAGGCUGGGGAGUGAGGCUUUUGAGAUUUUCAGAGCGAUGGUUUCUGGGGGAGAGGAAGAAGUUAAUGAGUUUGUAUUGACUAGUGUUCUGAGCGCUUUCACGUCGCCUCACUAUGUGAAUUUGGGAAACCAAAUUCAUUGCUUAGCAGUUAAGAACGGUUGCUCACAAAUUGCUUCUGUAGGGAAUGCAGUUAUUACUAUGCACGCCAAGUGCGGAAGCUUGAAGGAUGCGGUUCGGGUGUUUGAGCUUUCCACGGGUAAGAACGAGAUCACAUGGUCUGCCAUGAUCACCGGGCACGCGCAGAUGGGGGCUGGUGAGAAGGCACAGGCUAUGUUCAAGGAUAUGCAUUCAUUUGCGAUGAAACCGAGCAAGUACACCCUUGUAGGGGUGCUUAAUGCUUGUAGUGACACUCAAGGAAUUGUUGUAGGCAAGCAGGUGCAUGCGUAUUUGGUGAAAUUGGGAUUUGAGUUUCAGAUGUAUAUAAUGACGGCUUUGAUUGACAUGUAUGCUAAAUGCGGCUUCCUAGUGGACGCCCAACAGGGGUUCGACACACUGGAUGAAGAUGAUCUUGUGCUGUGGACAUCCAUGAUUGGAGGGUACGUACAAAAUGGUGAUAAUGAGAGUGCUUUUGGUUUGUAUUGUAGAAUGCAGAGGCGAGGGAUUCCUCCCAACGAGUUAACAUUGGCGAGUGUGUUGAAGGCCUGCUCGAGCCUUUCAGCUCUGGAGCAAGGGAAACAGAUGCACGCUCACGUGGUUAAGAAUGGCUUCACUCUUGAAAUUCCAAUAGGAAGCGCCCUCUCGACUAUGUAUGCAAAGAGUGGGAGCCUUGAUGAUGGGCAUGCCGUCUUUAGGAGAAUGCCUGCUAGGGAUGUGGUGUCGUGGAACGCAAUGAUCUCUGGAUAUUCUCAGAAUGGUCGAGGGAUUGAAGCUCUUGACCUUUUCGAAGAGAUGCUGCUGGAGGGCGUCACACCUGAUUAUGUUACCUUUGUUAAUAUCCUCUCUGCCUGCAGCCACAUGGGGAUGGUGGAUCGAGGAAGGGAGUAUUUUCAGGUGAUGUCACAGAAAUUUUCCAUGGCUCCGAGGGUGGAGCAUUAUGCCUGUAUGGUUGAUAUAUUAGGUCGUGCCGGGAAGCUCCAAGAAGCAAAAGAGUUUAUUGAAUCAGCGGGCAUUGAUCAUGGUCUCUGUUUGUGGCGGAUCUUGUUGAGUGCUAGCAGAAACCAUGGUGAGUAUGAGUUAGGUGCUUAUGCGGGAGAGAAGUUGAUGGAAUUAGGGUCAAAAGAGUCGUCUGCGUAUGUGUUGUUGUCGAGCAUUUAUUCAGCAUUGGGGAAACCAGAUGAUGUUUCGCGAGUUAGAAAAAUGAUGAGCAGCAGGGGGGUGAGCAAAGACCCUGGAUGCAGCUGGAUUGAGCUCAAGAAUCAAGUUCACGUGUUUCUAGCCGGAGAAGUGCUGCACCCGGAGAUUAAGGGCAUACGGGAAGAGCUAUCGAGGUUUAGCAGACUGAUGAAGGAUCCUGAGCUUUACCAACUCAAAUAUGAUCCGUUUUUGGGAGAAUAGAAGCUAGGGAAAUAAACCAAACGAAUGAAGGAGGCUGAGAUUCACCAACUAGAAUAUGAUCCAUUUGAUCAUUUCAUGUUUCAUAGCCAACGUUGUGGAUAUGAAUUCAGAUUAUAGCAGUUGCUUUCCAGAUAUGAUCUCAGUAGAGAAGACAGUUAUCUUUCCAUUUCCUUCAUUUCCUAUUGAAAAUGGAAGCUCACCAAUUCGACCGGAAAAAAGAUAGGUAAAGAAACAAUUUUUCAAGCCUUUGUGCUGUGUUAUUGGGACAAGUUUUCUUUGGUUUCUCCAACUAUAUCUCAAGAACAUAUAACUUCUCCUCGUAA